UGCACACACUUACCCACCUGCGCUCUCCUGAGACUCGCUACUGACCGGAAGAGGGAGGUUUCUAUCCAGUGAACAGCGCAGAAAGAGCAGAGAGAGUGAGGAGAAGCGCUGCCCUGCCUGUCGGAGAAUAGCUUCAUUUAACACACAAUAAAAGAGCGAAGGACUCCGGGGAAAGUGAAAUGUCAGCGCGAAUAUCUUGAAGAAACCACUGAUUUACUUCUUCAUCUCUUUGGUUCCUAUUCAAGAGUUUAUCCAAGAACCUGAAGUGGAGAGGUAAAGGUUUGAAGAAGCAACAAAUCAAGGUUUUGAGGAGUAAUCAUUGGAAUCUGUUCCAAGUUUAUUUUCCAGUUUUCUGUUUUGGAUAAAAAUGCCAGAGAAGAAGAUCGGAAGUCCAGGGAUGAGUAUCUUCAGCCGGUGUCGGGUGGCCGCUGCGGUAGCUCUGAUCUUGAUCAUACUGGGAGGGCUGGGAGCCGCCGUCUGGGCCCUUGUCACGUAUCUCAGAACAACAGAAGAUACUGGAUUAUUUGAUGUGCAGGUGAGCGCAGCAGACCAGAGGCUGCGAGUGUUCGACUCCACCCAGCGGAGGUGGAAACACGUUUGCUCAUCCAGCACCAACCAGCUCAUCGCCAACAUCAGCUGUGAGGAGAUGGGCUUCGUCAGAGCAGUGAAUUUCUCAGUGACGUGUGCUCCUGACAAUAGUGGUGACAAAGAUUUUUUCUGCGUGAAAGAGAGUGAGUUAACAUAUGGGAAGAAGAUAAAAACAGCCCUCUAUCCUUGUAAAUGUGACAAAGGUCAGAUAAUUGAGGUGAUUUGUCAGGACUGUGGUCGUCGUAUGCUGCCUGAAGAGCGGAUCGUGGGGGGAGUGGAUGCUCGUCAGGGUUCGUGGCCAUGGCAGGUCAGCUUACAGUAUGAUGGAGUUCAUCAGUGUGGUGGAUCCAUCAUUUCAGAUCGCUGGAUCAUCAGUGCUGCUCACUGCUUUCCUGAGAGGUAUCGUCAUGUUUCACGCUGGCGGGUUCUGAUGGGAACGAUCUACAACACUCCCAUCAGUAAGAACGUUGUGAUCGCUGAGGUGAAGACGGUUGUCUACCACAGCAGCUACCUGCCCUUCGUCGACGCCAACAUUAGCACUCAAGCCAACGUCCUCCAGGAAGCCCACGUGCCCAUCAUCAGUGAUGCUGUUUGCAAUGGCCCGGAUUAUUAUGACAACCAGGUCACAACCACCAUGUUCUGUGCCGGUUAUGAGAAAGGAGGAACCGACUCCUGCCAGGGGGACAGCGGUGGUCCUUUUGUAGCAUCAGAUGUCCUGUCUAAGACCAGCCGCUAUCGUUUGCUGGGGGUAGUGAGCUGGGGCACAGGCUGCGCCAUGGCCAAAAAGCCCGGCGUCUACACGCGUGUGUCACGCUUUCUUCCGUGGAUAUCUACAGCCAUGAGGAUGUAUGAAAACUCCCCAGGGGUGCACAAAAUGGCACGGGCGGUUACACCAUAGCCGUUCAGAGUGGAAAAAUGCUUAAUAUGAGACUGAAAUGUUGCCCGUUGAGGUCAGAUGUGUUGCUCGGAUCAGUCUGAGAUCAGACGUCUGGUGCUGAUCAGAUGUUCUGUGAUGAUCAACCUGUCUCAAGGAUAAUAUCUGACUCGCGGAGGCCAAGAACAAUUUCUGAUGCUGUACUUUGGGGUUUAAUAUGUUUAUGAACAUAGCAUGUUUUAUUAACAUAAAACAUGCUAUUUUUCUCUGAAAAUCUGUCACCAAAAUACAGUAAAAUACGAUAUAUAAGGUAAUCAAAUUAGCAAUUUUGGCUGAACCCAAAACCACUCAUAAUAUGUGUGUGUGUGUAUAUAUAUAUA